AUGCCAAGGGAGGAGGAGAAGGGUGCUAUGGUAGUUGCAAACGAUGAAGAUGAAGAUGUAGCGUCUGCAGACAUGGUUUCAAAUGUUCGACCCCGGUACCAUGAUGCUUUCGCGGGCCAACAAAGGGGAAACGAGCUUAAGAACAGAAGCCAGAUGAGUAUUGCCUGCAGCCAUUACUUUCCGAUAGCAGGUCAAGCCAAGAAGAGCAUCCCUUGUGUCGUGUACCUGCACGGCAACAGCGGCUGCCGUCUGGAAGCAGAUGAGCUAGCAGACGACUUUCUGAGCACAGGGAUAUCCUUCUUCAGCGUCGACUUUGCAGGAUGCGGUGUAUCCGACGGAAACAUCGUGACGCUCGGGUAUCGGGAGAGAGAAGACUUGGAGGCGAUCUUGGACUAUCUCAAGGAUGAUUCGUGCGUGUCCAAUGUCGCACUGAGCAUGGGAGCAGCCACUGCCCUGCUGGUGGCUUCGGACGAUAGAUACUAUGCUUUCAUCUCUUGCAUGGUCUUGGACAGCUGCUACUGCUCCCUCAGACAGGUGCUUUUGGAUCAUGCAUGCAAGUUCACAGGGCACAUUCCGCUUCUCCCAUACGAGACUGUGGCGGACAGCGCUGUGGAAGUAGUUCGUUCGGCAGUUGAGGCCCGGGCCGGAUUUGACCUCGACACUCUCGACCUUCUCAAGGUGGCCUCCCUCUGCCAAGCUCCAGUCCUGUUCGGGCAUGCGAGCGAAGAUCAUCUAGUCAACGCAGCUCAUUCCUACAGAUUAUAUCGCGAGUACGGUGGCGAGAAGGACAUCACCAUCUUCAAGGGAGAUCACAACAGCCCGCGGCCCCAAGACUUCACGAACAGGCUCGAGCCCUUUUUGGUUGAUUUGGUUCGGCUUACCUCCCGCCUUUGCAGAGCUCGUGAUUUUCUUGUCAAGAAGUUGAAGUCUGCAGAGACCGAUUUCAAUCAGAUUCGAAAGGUGCACAAAAUGCUCUGGUUCCAUGUCAUCCCUGUGACAAUGAAGCAGAGGAAGAGGAUCUUUCAUCGCAUGAAGUUCCAUCUCUUCAAGAAUUCUGCGUUAAAGGCCAAGAAGGAGCCUGUCUACAAACUUGGCGCGGUUGCGGUGAUUGAGCUGCGUGGGAACCAGGACACGAUCUGA